GCCGGGCAGCCAUGGCGGCGGCCGCGCUCCUCUGGCUCCCUCUCCUUGUGGGCUGCCUGGCAGGCCCGGGAGGCACCGAGGCCCAGCAGACCACCCUGUACCCACUUGUGGGCCGCGUCUUCGUGCACACCUUGGAGCCUGCGAGCUUCCUGCACCUCCCGGAGCACGCUGCCCCAGCCACCAUCCCCGUCACCUACCACGCCCACCUCCAAGGACACCCAGACCUGCCUCGGUGGCUCCGCUACACCCAGCGCAGCCCCCACCACCCUGGCUUCCUGUACGGCGCAGCCACCCCAGAGGAUCGUGGACGCCAGGUCAUCGAGGUCACCGCCUACAACCGCGACAGCUUCGACACCGCCGGACAGAGCCUGGUGCUGCUGAUCCGGGACCCAGAAGGGUCCCCACUGCCCUACCAGACUGAGUUCCUGGUGCGUAGCCACGAUGUGGAAGAGGUGCUGCCCCCGACACCCGCCAGCCACUUCCUCACGGCCUUGGCGGGGCUCUGGGAGCCCGGCGAGCUCAAGCUGCUCAACAUCACUUCAGCCUUGGAUCGUGGGGGCCGUGUCCCCCUUCCCAUCGGGGGCCAAAAGGAAGGGGUAUACAUCAAGGUGGGCUCCGCCUCACCCUUCUCCACCUGCCUGAAGAUGGUGGCGUCCCCUGACAGCCAUGCCCGCUGUGCCCGGGGCCAGCCUCCGCUUCUGUCCUGCUACGACACCUUGGCUCCUCAUUUCCGCGUUGACUGGUGCAAUGUGUCCCUGGUGGAUACGUCAGUGCCAGAGCCGGUGGAUGAGGUGCCCACCCCAGGCGAUGGGAUUCUGGAGCACGACCCCUUCUUCUGCCCUCCCACCGAGGCCACUGCCCGAGACUUCCUGGCAGACGCCCUGGUCACCCUGCUGGUGCCCCUGCUGGUGGCCCUGCUACUUGCCCUGCUGCUGGCCUACAUCAUGUGCUGCCGACGGGAGGGGCGGCUGAAGAGAGAUCUGGCCACUUCUGACAUCCAGAUGGUCCACCAUUGCACCAUCCACGAGAACACGGAGGAGCUACGGCAGAUGGCAGCCAGCCGCGAGGUGCCCCGGCCACUCUCCACCCUGCCCAUGUUCAACGUGCGCACGGGUGAGCGGAUGCCUCCUCGGGUGGACAGCGCCCAGGUGCCCCUCAUCCUGGACCAGCACUGAGAGCCCAGACAGAGACCGUCUUGGCCACCUCCCACCUGGUGAUUCCAGCUCCUGG